UUUGCUCUCUUUUCCAUUUUGACAUUUUUUUCCAUCUCUCUCCCUUUUGGCUCUACCAACCACCAUGACCAGAAAGAAAGUGAAUAUGCAAUAUAUCACUGAUGACUCUUCUCGAAAAAAUACUUUCAGGAAGAGAAAAAAUGGUAUACUAAAAAAAGUUGAAGAGCUAAGCACAUUGUGUGGUGUCGACGCAUGUGCAAUCAUCUAUGACCCAAAUAGUGGUGAGCCGACAGUGUUUCCAUCGACGGAAAAGGCCCAUCAUGUGGUAACAAAUUUUUUAGCUAUGUCUAAGAUUGAUCAAACUAAGAAGAUGUUCAAUCAAGAGGAGUACUUGAGGAAUAGGAUCGAAACGGCCAAAGAACAAGUAAGAAAACUAAAGAGAGAUAAUCGUGAGAAGGAGUUGAUUCAAAUCAUGUACUCCAAUCUUGAAGGUAAUACAAACCUUCAAGACUUGAGUGUCGAAGAUUUGAAUGAUCUCACCAGGCUCAUUGACCAAAGCAUAGAAGAAAUCAACAAGAGGAUUGGAGAAAUAAAUAUUAAUAUCAAGCCUUCUCAGAUGCCUAAGACAACAACAACAACAACACCCUUAACAACUCCAAUCAUAGCUGAAAAUCUUGUUGGAGACCGAAAUGCUACUGUGGUUGAUGUUGUUGCGACUAACUUUGAUAACAAUAGUCGUAAUAAUAUCUCUUUGAGUUAAUAAUGGGUGACACAAGUAAAAUUGGCCAAUCCUUAAUAAUAAUAAUCCUAUGGAAUUUGGCAGAAAUAGACUUUUCCAUUUGAUAACAAUUAUUUGGAAUAAGGAUAUCUCUCCAUGAAUCAUGGUGAUUAUUUGUGUUUCGUAUUUUUUAGAUUUGUUAUGUAUUUUGUGUUUGGAGUUGUUUCCCUUUGGUUAUGUUGUUAUUGUUUGUGUUUCUUUUUAAUGUUUCGUAUUUUCAAUUAAGUUAAAUGUUGAGUAUUUAAGUAAUUUCUCGUUCGUUCUUGUUCUUAACUUUAAUAAUUUAAUUUAAAAUGGCAUUAUUAUGUUUAAGAAAAUGGGUUUUGUUCUGUAUUAAUGAUUUCAUGGAGAUUUCUCAAACUUUCAACCUCUUUAAUUAUUUUUAUUAAUGCCAAACAUCAAUGAAACAUAUUUUAUUAAAUAAAUUUAAUCAUACAAGGUCAUUAUUAUAAGUUAAAAUUCACUAAAGAAAACUAUCAAU